CUCUCAGAUCACGUGCGCACAUCACAUGACCUACCUCGUCAGCGUUUGUCAGGUCUUUUCCGUAUCUCCCUCAGCUUUCCUAUCUCUUAACUUCAACCGUAUGUGCUCCUGUUUAUUUUGCUUGACAUUUCAUGUGGCAGCGGGUCUUAUUGUGUGUUGCUCGAACAGAGAACUGCGCUGCAUGUUUGUUAACCUGUGUCCCAAAUAAAAUUUCGCUCCAUUCAGAAACGACCCGAAGAGCCACAGCUAGCCUCUGGUAGCCCGCUAGCAGCUGUUCAGCUUUGGGGAUAAUAGCGUCGCUGUGAGGCAGCCAACCAGGCACAAAGGGCAGGUUCUAUGACAUAUGACCAUCAACCCCGAUCAGAGGAUGUACCCACCUUCCAGAAAGGACUUCAUCUCUCUGACACUCAGUGACUCACACAGUCAGACCUACAACAAUGGCAAACACCGAAGGCAGUCCUGCUGGAGAAAAUGGAAGCAGCUGUCUCGGCUCCAGCGAAGCCUCAUCCUGUUCCUGCUGGCUCUGCUGCUCAUAUUGGGACUGCUCUCCUACAGCAGCAUCACAGAACAUUGGAGAGGUUUGUCUGACCAGGAGGACUGGCUGGAGUUGAAUGACAGAGAAUUAAAGGCCAUUCCUCCAGGUUUGAAGCCAGUGUUGGGUCAGGCUGCAGGUAAAGCUCCAGCUCCGGUGGCGGGACCUCAUUUGCGGUCAGCUGUUGUUCCAGAGGCUGCGGGAGAAGCCAGAGGACCAAAUAUCCCCAUAUUGGUUAAGCCUCCAAUUAAGAAAAAGAUAUUUGCAAACAAAAGAGGUCCACCAAGCCUACACAAAGAUGGAAAUGUUUCAGACACGGUCGGCAGGGAGAAGCAAGAGCAGGUUGUUCAAGAGGAAGAAGGCGAGGAGGAGGAAAAACAAAAGAAGAUUGUCAGCUGGAGAGGAGCAAUGAUUGAAGCUGACCAGGCUACAGAACCUCCACCCUCAGCCAAUGAGAAAGAGGCAGCAGCGCCCCCAGCACCUGCCAACCCAGCUGACACUGUCCCCCUAGAAGCUUCACCUGAAACUAGAGAGAGACUGGAGGCAGUAUGCGAUGCCUUCAGACAUGCUUGGAAAGGCUACAAGGACUACGCCUGGGGUCACGAUGAACUCAAGCCCAUCUCCAAAUCUUUUGGUGAAUGGUUUGGACUGGGUCUGACGCUGAUUGAUGCUUUGGACACCAUGUGGAUUAUGGGCCUAAAAGAAGAAUUUGCAGAAGCAAAGACCUGGGUAGAGAAAGAUCUGUCCUUUAACAAGAAUGUGGAUGUGAAUUUAUUUGAAACAACCAUACGUAUCCUGGGGGGGCUGCUGAGCACUUACCAUCUAACAGGAGACCAGCUUUUCUUGGAAAAGGCUAAAGACCUUGGCUCCAGAUUGAUGCCUGCCUUCAAAACACCUUCAAAGAUUCCCUUCUCAGAUGUCAACAUUGGAAAGGGAACAGCACACCCUCCCAGAUGGACAUCAGACAGUACGCUCGCUGAAGUCACAAGCAUUCAGCUGGAAUUCAGAGAGCUGAGCCGCCUCACUCAGGAUCCACAGUAUCAGGAGGCUGUGAAUGAGGUAAUGACGCUGGUCCACAAACUGCCCGGCAAACAUGACGGACUGGUGCCCAUGUUCAUCAAUACCAACAACGGCCAGUUCACCCACAAAGGAGUCUUCACACUGGGUGCCCGGGCAGACAGCUACUAUGAAUACCUGCUCAAACAGUGGAUUCAGGGAGGCAAAACAGAAGACAAUCUGUUGGAGGACUACCUUCAGGCCAUAGAGGGAGUGAAAAAACACCUGGUGAGACAGACGGGACCCAGCAAGUUGACCUUUGUCGGAGAGUUGUCCCACAACCGCUUCAAUCCUAAGAUGGAUCACCUGGUAUGUUUCCUGCCAGGGACUCUUGCUCUCGGGGCCCACAACGGCCUCCCAGGGGAUCAUAUGGAUCUGGCUGUGCAGCUGAUGGAGACCUGUCACCAGAUGUACAAGCAGAUGGAGACUGGACUGAGCCCAGAGAUCGCACACUUCAGCCUGCAGGCCAGUGAUGGGAGUGAUGUUAUUGUGAAGCCUGCGGACAGACACAACCUGCUGAGACCAGAAACUGUGGAAAGUCUCUUCUACAUGUACAGAUUCACCAAAGACACCAAGUACAGAGACUGGGGAUGGGACAUGCUGCAGAGUUUCAAUAAGUACACAAAGGUCUCUGGUGGUGGCUACACAUCCAUUAACAACGUCCGCGACCCUCUUAGCCCCGGGCCCCGGGACAAGAUGGAGAGUUUCUUCCUGGGAGAGACAUUGAAGUAUUUCUAUCUGCUCUUCUCUGAUGACAUGGAGCUUCUCAGUCUAGACAAGUAUGUCUUUAACACAGAAGCCCAUCCUCUCCCCAUAUGGCCCUCUCCACCUAAGUGAAUACUCUGGAGACAUCAGUAAAAAUCAGGCCCGUGGAGUCAGGUGCAUCUCUAAGUCUCCGUCCAAGCUGAACUGCUGUGUGAAAGCAGAUCUGUGCUGUCUGCCUGAUAUGUAAAGGAGUUUAAUUUGUUUUGUUCUGUUAAUUUUUCCUAAGGAAAAGGUUAGUGACAGAGCUGGUCUCUAAUGUAAAAAAGAAAAUACAUUUUAAAAAUCAGAUCAAGCUACCGGGAACACUUUUCUUUAGUACUUGGGUGACUGAGAAUCUUCUUGUUUGUUCGUUUUUGCCAUGCGAGUUCAAAAACUCUCAUUAGUCCUACAUGUUGAGGAGUCCUGGCUGUUUAGGUGUCUGUUGACUCUCAUGCUUGAAGGGCAGUGAUUGAAAUGUUUUGAGCACUUUCAGCUGAAUUUUAUAUUUAAACGGUUGGCUCUAGUGUGUGAGUGUGGUGUGAUGCAUAGUUAUCUUUACACUGGCACUUAUUUGCAUAUAAAAAUGACACACAAGUCAAAAACCCCUCAGGAUUUUGUUACUCCAUGUGGCCCUAUACCCCUGUGUGUGGGAGCUAUGGGCUACUGCAGCGCAGCACACAGGGGAUCAGUUCCAGGUCACAAGUCAGUGCCUAGCUGCAGAGGAAAUCAGUUUUCCUAAUACUGAACAUUUAUGUCUUUGAUUUAAAAAAAAAAAAAAAAAAAAGUCUUCAAGUAAAAUAUUAGGACAAAUACCGAUUUUUACACCCUCAUGCUGUGCAGCUUCCAGCUGUUGACCUCCGUUACUUUUCAUUGCUAUUUUUGUUUUUUGUCUUCUUCUAUAUCACUUUUACACUUUUAGCAGUGAUUUACAUGAUACUGCAAAAUAAAGAGUUAAAUGAAUUAAAGCUUCCUGAACAGCCAUAUCUGUGUUUGUAGAGAAAAAUGUGGCUGUUGUUUACGAUCUUUACAUUUUGUGUAGCAUUAAAGCAGUCGUGGUUCUUUAGGUGUUACCUGUAUGCCAGUAAACUGGCUCUACAGAUGUAAUAACAAUGUAAUAAGUCUUGAAUAAUAAUCUUGACACAAGAAGCUUUUCAGUCUUUGUAGUCUGUCUUCUUUCAGAGUACGUAUUUGAUCAGGCUUUGGUUGAAUGCACUUACUAAAAUACAAUACUGUAACCACCACUCAUUUGAGCUUCUUGUGUACUUUACACAAAAAAAGUGUGUCAUCAAUGACCUGCAAUCAGAUCAUGGAGUCUUGGCCUGGAAUAUACCCCCCCCUGCUUUCCCCUUUAUUAAUAAAUAAAUAAACAACGUGUCUAUUGCCCCCCCCCCCCCAAAUUGGCCAUUGGCUGAUCUGUUAGCAGAUCAGCCAAUGGGCUCAGCCAGAGUGCUUUUCCUUAAAUUGGCAGAUGUGGACAUUUAGAAUUUUGUUUUGACAUCAUAUUUGGCAGUAAGUUUAAUGCUUACUGUAUAUUUAGGCACUAAGUUUCAAGGUGAAGAUGCUAAACUGUUUGAUAGAGAACUCCAGUGACCUAAUGAUCCCCUAUAAGUAAGCACUUGGCCUCAGGGGGAAGGAAGAACUAAAUUUUUUUGAGAAGGGAAGACGGGCACAAACGGGCUUAGGGAGGUGCAGCAUAAUAAUAAUGAUGAUGAUGAUAAUAAUAAUAAUAAUGAUGAUGAUAAUGAUGAUGAUGAUGAUGAUAAUAAUAUUAUUAUUAUUAUUAUUGAAUAUAUUUGCACUCACAGUGCUUAACAAAUUUAUUAGCCCGUCACAAAAAGAAGAAAACACAAAUAUUUGAGAAAUCUUUGAAAAGCUUGAACAAAAUUCUUAUUUUUAUACCCAAAUUUGAGCCGGCAAACUGGACUUAUAGGAAGUCAGAAAUUAAGCAGUCAAUCACAUAAUCUAUUUUUUGUGUUCAGUAAUGCAAAUAAAUGUAAUUUGGCUUCUUAAUGAAAUAAAUGUAUAUAAUUGUAGCAUUAAAAAUAUAUUGGUUAAAAGUCAUAAAGAUGACUAAUUACCAAUAUAGGUAAUUUAAGGAAGCUGUGGAAUAAACCUUACACUCAGUGAUUGUUUAAUAGAUUUGUUAAGCACAAUAUAUUCUAUAAAGGGAAAUUUCUAUGGUUGCCAUACAGUUUUAAGCUGAUAGUUACUUUAGGUUUAGAUGCAAACAAGCCUACUAACAUUAUCAUUCCAGUGUCAGGGACGGUAUCCAGUAUUUGGCCCUGAUAUCAUUUUUCUCUAUAAAUUAGAUUUGGAAACAAGGAGGUCAUGUUAUAUUCAAGGGCUAGACCACUUGGAUUCAAUAAAACAGAUACUGUUUCUGUGUGGAGUACCGGUGUAACACAUUCUUGUGUUUUGGCUGGUGAGUUUCUAAUGAGACAAAUUCACGUUAUAAGAGGAAGCAGGUAUUCUCUUCAUUACUGCGGUGACACUCACCUGUAACCUCUGCAAACAGCUCUGUAUCAGAUGAUCAGGAGCUCAUUGUUUGGUUGUUUUUAUCUAGAAAUGUGUUCCUUUUUAGUUCUGUUCUUUUAUCAGCUGAAGUAAAAACCACUCCAUCAGAUAUGCUAUAUUUCCCUUGACUAAAAAUCUUGUAAAUCUGUAUCUUUCAGUGCCAUUCUGAGCUUCAUGUGGGCCAGAAAAAAGGCAUUACUCUACUUGUAUUUGGACCGCCUCCCCCUAGUUUGGUACUGUGCAGGCUGAAAUUGUGGCUUAUGGGUUUGAGAGUUUAAUUAACAAAUUUGUGCUGGGUUCAAUAGGUAACAGCGUAUCUCGCUCAACUCUGACUGUGGAGAGGAUUCAAAAGUCUUUCAUUCAGGAUAUUUGUUCACAAAGCCAAUGUCACAGGCAGAUUUUGCAAACUUCCUUCAGAGGCAAAACUGGCUGAAACUGACCCAAAUCAAUCUGCUUUCAUGGUAACUUUAAAUUUGUUCAGCUUUGCUACCACAGCAGUUGUGGGGUUUCUUGUAAGACCCAUGUAAAUUGGCAUUGAUGCAUUUAUAGAAAGACUUUAAGAAUUUCUGAAGUCCAUGCUGCAUUGCCACAGAGGAAAUACAUUCUUUAUGAAUGCAAAUGACUUCCUACCAUCUCCUGAUGUCUUCCCUGGGAAUCUGUCAAAUACUCAAGUUUUAUGGUGGAAAUGGAUGGAGAUACUAGUCUGACUAAAAGCUUGCAGGAAAAAAAAAAUCUGUUUAAUGCUUGACAGUAAAGAGAUUGAAGCUAUGAGGGAUAGUCCAUAUACACAUGUGGGUUUGACAUGGCUCAGGGACCCUUUGCCAACAGAAGGAGUGUAAGAUCGCCUAUUCGUCAAAAACAAAUGUUAAAAAUAUGUGGUAAAUGUGAUCUGUCAUUAUGGUUUCCUUUUACUGGGCUAAUACAACAAAUAGCUUGUCAUUCUAAUGUUCUGACAUGUUUAAGACGGGGAUUUUUUUUUUUUUUUUUUUUAAACUCGUCUAUCCAAAGUACUGAUGAGCUUAUGCGAUGGCAAGGUGUCUUCCGUCCAUCUGUCCACAAUUCACAAGAAUCACUACUCCUCCAAAAAUAUUGGUCAUAUUUUAGUGAAACUUGCACACGAUUAAACCAGACUGAGGGCAUAUUUGUCAUUUAAUGACCACUUUUAAAUUUUUACAUGAGUCACUACUCCUUCUAGAGUAUUGGUCAGAUUUUAGUGAAAGUAUAUAAUUUGUCCUGGGUAUGAUUGUUGAAGUUUGUGCAAUGUAGUUUUUAUUCUGUACUUUGAACAUUAAAAUAAAUUAUGAAUUGUGAUUUUGUUUAAGUUUUUUUUUUUUUUUCUAAAUAUGUGAUUUAUUUUAAUUUAUGAUUGAUUCAGAUUUUGUUUAUUGAUAAUGAGAUGUCAGAUCUAUCAGAUGAUUAUAUAGGGCCACAUGGGAUGCCUGGUUUUCCUUAUGAUAAUGAUAGAAAAAAAAUCAAUUUCAUAGACUGAUCCAGUGCACUGUAAGCACUGCUUUAAAGAUAGUUGAUCACAGACUGCUUCUGAUUUGUAUCUGUUUUUGAACUAGAUGAAAUGUUAAGGCCCACUUUACAAGUGGUCCUAUGUUGGUUUUCUUUAUUUUAUGACAUAUACUGUUACAGUUAGACUUUGAUCAAUAUAUCGGUCCCAACAAAAUCAUCAGUCAGUCUUGACUGAUGGCCAAUAUGAGCCAUUAAUCGAUAUAUUGAUUUUGACAUUUAAAAUGGCCACAAAUGAAAAUUUAAAAGCAGAGUUGGAAGAAACACCCUUUGGCAAUAUUAUGGGUUUUGCAAAGCUGAGCUGGGCAGAGCAGAAAUGAGUAUUCCACAUCUGAUGGCAAAACAAAAUUAUUUUUAAAAUCUAUCGAUUUUCUGCCUCUUACCUGAAUCUGGGUCACCUGGGCAGCAGCCGAAGGAGAAAAGCCAGGACCUCCCUCUCCCCGGCCAACCUUCUUCAGCACAUACAGGACUAAAUUAUAUUCUAUGCGCAACAAGUGUUAGGAAAAUCAAUUUAAUGUCUUUAAUCACAUAUUAGAUAUGGCCAAAUUUUCAAAAAUGAGCUUAGGCUGAGGUAAAUUAUCUCCAUCUAUCGUUAUGACCACGGAAGCCCCGCAUACCUGCCUUUCAAACUUUGGUUGUCACACGCAAACAAAACAAUCAAAGGAAGGUGACUUAAGAGAAGGAACGGAAUCAAAACAAGUUGUUUUAGAGUGCGAAGCAUAAGAAAAAUGAGCAUUAUUUUUAACUGUGAACAAUAAAGGGACUCCAGUAGAGUCCAAGAGUAAAGAUAUGGAGCAUAAUGGGUCCACUCUAACAUCAUGUUAAUAAGCUUCAUCCACCAGAGAGCCAUACUGACCCACAUCUUUGAAUGUACACUACUGUUGCCACCGUUCUGCUGUGCCUGUUUGGAUGUAUGUUGUGCUUUGGUGGUUUUGUUUCCUCUUUUGUGUAAUUGCUGCUGCAUCAGUGGUGUUAAUUUUUGAGUGGAAGUUUGAGCACAGAAAAAUUAAAAGUCGGGCUUGUAUUUUUAAUCAGGGUGGGUGGAUGACAAAAAAGCGGUGUACAUAUUUUAAUGUAAAACGUUCCUACAGAAUUAAAUCGAUGUCCUGAUUUCUGAGCCUUUUCCCGUUUUAAUAUUGUGUAACGUCAUGUUGAAAAAAUGUGGAAAAAAAAAAAAAAAUUGAAAGAUGCUGUUUUUGUUUUGCUCUGUUGGGGUUUUUUUCCCCUGCUUUUUGUUUUUUUUUUUUUUUUUUUUUGUUUGUUUGUUUGUUUGUUUGUUUGUUUGUUUGUUUUGUUUUGUAUUUUUGUUUUUUGUUGUUGUUUUUCAAGGCAUAACCAUUGUCGCACCAGCUUGUCAAAGAGUUGUUGAGAGAUUCAGUAUGAACCAAACUUUUUGACCAACUAGCAGACAAACAUAGCCAUAGCCUCUCUCGCUCUCGCUCUCUCUCUCUCUCUCUCUCCCCCCUCCUCCUCCCUCCCCUGUAUAAUCUCUAUUUUUCCCACAUCUAAUUUAACAAGAGUUUUGCAGAAGCUGAAUCCUAUAAGCAGCUGGCUUUAAGGGAAGUUUAACAUUUACUGAGACUGAUGUCUGUUGACUGAGUUUCUUUUUUCCUCCCUCACUGCACAGCAGCAGGGGGAUAAUUAAAUCUCCUAGCAUCUGGUCUACACCGUCUCAUUUACAGUUUUCUAUGGUUUAUAAUUCAAUUCUUAAUUCCUGCUGUAUAAGAAAUCAUGAAAAAAGCUGUGUUAACGUGUCUUGAGAUAUAUAUUUAACCUUGUGUGUUAAUUAUGCCAUGCUUCAACUGCACUUAUUAUGGUGGCACCAUGACAGUGUAAAAGUUAAACACGGCUUGUGUAUCAGAAAGUGAACCCCAAAUGGAGUUGGUUUAUGCCUCCAUUAUUUUUAAUGGACACUAGAGGGCAAAAUGUGUGAUUGGAUAAAGAGCUCUCGUCCUGUUGAAGUCUAUGGUGAAAACGGACACAAACACUUUCUUGUGAGUGACGCUCAGUCACUCAAUUGGAAUGAUCCAGAGUUAAACGUUAAGUCUGUUUUGUACGUUUUGGUCAUUCUAAAAUUCGGAAAAGAUGAUAAUCCAUGAAAUGCUCAAUGGCUAACGACUUGUGAUUCAUUCAUCUUUUAUACAGUGUAUGGAUGGUACAAUAAACACAGCUUUAUCAUAUCGUAAUUAUUUUUUUGUGCCUAAUUGUACAAAAAGUCUUUUGUAAAGUGUUUUUCUCUUCUUAAAUAAACAUGUGUACAUGAAGUGAAAUGGAUUCAACAAAUGUUAUAUUGCAAAAUCUUGUCUGGUUUUUUUUCUUCUUUUUGAGAAGCGAUUGUACAGUAUUUGUAAAAACUAUUUUAAUUGCCGAUUGGCAGAAUAUACCACUUAUGAUUAUGUCUGCUAUAUUUUUCAUGAAAUGUCGACAAUAAAACGUCAGCACUGUCUGUUGGUUCCUGCCUGCACAGGCUCCUGCUCCACCGAGUGUCGCCAUGUCGGGGACCUAAGACGUGGAUCAGUUUUGUUUAUGCUGUUUCAGUCGACUGAUUGAGCCACUUGAGGAAAAAAACAACACACAGCUUCACACGGCCGUCACUUUGCUUCACUGUGACAGAGCCCGCAAGUCGAUAACUCAUCUGCAUGUCUUACAGAAAUGAUUAUUUUUCAAAGCUUAAAAUGUUUUGAGACUUUCUUUGUUUUUUGCUUUUCCUGGAGCAUUUUUCUUCCUUUUCUCAAAUCUCUACAGGUGACUGAUUUAGCACUUUGUAACUCGAGUUGUCUUAUUGAAAUGUUCUCUGAAGUCAGACUUUUUUCAUGCCCACUGAAUUUUCCAAUAAAGCUUUUCAGUGCAACGUU